UGCUACUGCAGAUCAGCAGAGGGUGUCAGAUCUUUCAGAGUGCACCAGGCUGGAACCAGCCGAGCUUCUUAGCAACUCCCCCCUCCUCCCCUUUCUCGCGCUCUCUUCCUCCCUCAGACAACUCGCUCCCCCUCUCUCCUCCCCCCUCCACGUAAUUCCGAAAGAGCAGAAGAAAGAGAAGGAGAACAAGCAAAGAAGAGCUAGUAAGCACCGGCCGGAGCACAGGAAAAAAAGGGCUGAAGCCGGCCAAAGGGGAGAAAAGGGAUCAGGAUGGACAUCCACAAAACGCAGCGAUUGCGGAAAUUUUCCAGCGCCAUUGGCUGGGCAGUGUGAGUCGUUUGGUCGGGCGUGAUUUCAGCACCGGGGGUACUGGACAGCACCUCGGGGGUACUUCUGGGCAACCCGCAACCAGGACAAGAACUCCUCCAGCCGCCUGGACCGCUGAAGCCGCCGAAAGCCCCUGCUUUGUAUCAGAGAGGCAAGGUCAGUCCGACGCACAGCCAUCACAGGCAGUGCGCCUGUACUACGCUGCAAACCUGCUUGUUUCUAACAUGCACUUGCUUCUAAUUGCUAGCAUUGUUCCCUUCCUGGUUAGUGAGGACCUCUAAACAUGAUUCUGUAACGGUGCGUUUCCUUUUAAUUUUAGAGGUAUAUAUUUAACUUAUUUUGGUUAUUUUUAAAGGGUUGAGGGGGAGUAGUUUGCUUUCUCUCUCCUCUCUCUCUCUCUCUCCCUCUCUCUUUCUCUCUCUUCCCCUACUUUCCACCCCCCUUUUUCUGCUUGCCUUGCACUAUGUGCCUGGAUAGUUUGUGGAUAUAAUUAUUGACUGGCGUCUGGGCUAUUGCAGUACGGGGGGGUUAGGGAGGAAGGAAUCCACCCCCACCCCCCCAAACCCUUUUUUUCUCUUUCUCUGGGAUCGGACAUUGGAGCACUAAAUGAACUUGAAUUGUGUCUGUGGCGAGCAGGAUGGUUGCUGUUACUUUGUGAUGAGAUCUGGGAUGAAUUGCUCGCUUUAAAAAUGCUGCUUUGGAUUCUGUUGCUGGAGACGUCUCUUUGUUUUGCCGCUGGAAACGUUACAGGGGACGUUUGUAAAGAGAAGAUCUGUUCUUGCAAUGAGAUAGAAGGGGACUUACACGUAGACUGUGAAAAAAAGGGCUUUACAAGUCUGCAGCGCUUCACCGCCCCGACUUCCCAGUUUUACCAUUUAUUUCUGCAUGGCAAUUCCCUCACUCGACUUUUCCCUAAUGAGUUCGCUAACUUUUAUAAUGCGGUUAGUUUGCAUAUGGAAAACAAUGGCUUGCAUGAAAUCGUUCCGGGGGCUUUUCUGGGGCUGCAGCUGGUGAAACGGCUGCAUAUCAACAACAACAAGAUCAAGUCUUUUCGAAAGCAGACUUUUUUGGGGCUGGACGAUCUGGAAUACCUCCAGGCUGAUUUUAAUUUAUUACGGGAUAUAGACCCGGGGGCCUUCCAGGACUUGAACAAGUUGGAAGUCCUCAUUUUAAACGACAAUCUCAUCAGCACCCUACCUGCCAAUGUAUUCCAGUAUGUGCCCAUCACCCACCUCGACCUCCGGGGAAACAGGCUGAAAACACUACCCUAUGAGGAGGUUUUGGAACAGAUCCCUGGCAUUGCUGAGAUCCUGCUAGAGGAUAACCCUUGGGACUGCACCUGUGAUCUGCUCUCACUGAAAGAAUGGCUGGAGAACAUUCCCAAAAAUGCCCUGAUCGGCCGAGUGGUCUGCGAAGCCCCCACCAGGCUGCAGGGUAAAGACCUCAAUGAAACCACUGAACAGGACUUGUGUCCUUUGAAAAACCGAGUGGAUUCUAGUCUCCCGGCUCCCCCUGCCCAGGAAGAGACCUUCGCUCCUGGCCCCCUGCCGACUCCUUUCAAGACAAAUGGGCAAGACGAGCAUGCCACCCCAGGGUCUGUUCCAAAUGGAGGUACAAAGAUCCCGGGCAACUGGCAGCUCAAAAUCAAACCCACACCACCGAUAGCUACUGGGAGCGCCCGAAACAAACCCCCAGUGCAAGGCUUGCCGUGCCCCGGGGGCUGCAGCUGCGACCACAUCCCAGGCUCAGGCUUAAAGAUGAACUGUAACAACCGGAACGUGAGCAGCUUGGCUGAUUUGAAGCCUAAGCUCUCCAAUGUGCAGGAGCUUUUCCUUCGAGAUAACAAGAUCCACAGCAUCCGAAAAUCACACUUUGUGGAUUACAAGAACCUCAUUCUGUUGGAUCUGGGCAACAACAACAUCGCAAACAUCGAGAACAACACUUUCAAGAAUCUUUUGGACCUCAGGUGGCUGUACAUGGAUAGUAACUACCUGGACACGCUGUCCCGGGAGAAAUUUGCUGGGCUGCAGAACCUGGAGUAUCUGAACGUGGAGUAUAACGCGAUUCAGCUCAUUCUCCCUGGUACUUUUAAUGCCAUGCCCAAGCUGAGGAUUCUUAUUCUCAACAACAACUUGCUGAGGUCCCUACCUGUGGACGUUUUUGCAGGUGUCUCCCUGUCUAAGCUCAGCCUGCACAAUAAUUACUUCAUGUACCUCCCAGUGGCAGGGGUGCUGGACCAGUUAACCUCUAUCAUCCAGAUAGACCUGCAUGGCAACCCCUGGGAGUGCUCCUGCACCAUUGUGCCUUUCAAGCAAUGGGCAGAACGUCUGGGCUCCGAGGUGCUGAUGAGCGACCUCAAGUGUGAGACGCCGGUGAACUUCUUUAGGAAGGAUUUCAUGCUGCUCUCCAAUGACGAGAUCUGCCCCCAGCUGUACGCGAGGAUCUCGCCCACGUUAACUUCGCACAGUAAAAACAGCACUGGGUUGGCGGAGACCGGGACGCACUCCAACUCCUACCUAGACACCAGCAGGGUGUCCAUCUCCGUGUUGGUCCCGGGACUGCUGCUGGUGUUCGUCACCUCCGCCUUCACCGUGGUGGGCAUGCUCGUGUUUAUCCUGAGGAACCGAAAGCGGUCCAAGAGAAGGGAUGCCAAUUCCUCAGCGUCCGAAAUUAAUUCCCUACAGACAGUCUGUGACUCUUCCUACUGGCACAAUGGGCCUUACAAUGCAGAUGGGGCCCAUAGGGUGUAUGACUGCGGCUCUCACUCACUCUCAGACUAAGCUCUAAGACCCUAAAGGGGGUGGAGUGCAGGAGGCGAUGUAACCCCCACGACCGCAGCAUCUCGGGGGAGUAGGAAGGAGAACAUUGACCCAGAUCACAAGCCCCGGCGGACAUAAGUAAAUAAAUAACAAUGAACUCACUCAACUAAGAGGCUCUGGCCAUUAAAGCUUCCCUCUGAAAACAAAGAGCAGACUGUGGAGCUGCUCCGUGUGCAGCUAGCUUGCUCUUUGCUGGGAGCUCCUUUUGACUGAAACUCCAGCCUGGGGCCUGCCAGAAGAAUUGAGCGCCCUUGCUCUGGGGCAAAGGUCCCUUGGGGCUGGCUGCAGUGGCUCUAUACAUAUAUACAUAUAUCACAUCUAUAUAGAGAGAUAGAUAUCUAUUUUUCCCCUGUGGAUAGCCCGAAGAUGGCUCCCUGUUGGUCAUGCAGGGAUGGGCAGUUGCACGAAGGCAUGAAUGUAUUGUAAAUAAAUAACUUUGACUCCUGACAAAACACAAAAGUGCUGCAUGGCUCGCAUGGAAUCCACACGCUCCAGGGACUCUGCCCCCCAACCCCAACUCCUCACUGCGACUGGAGACUGCGUCACAGCACCCAUCCUCUUACCUGAUAAGUCCCAUCGUAUCAAACUUUCUAUAAACAAAAUACAGUAUAAUCAGAAAGUGCCAUUCGCCAUUAUUUGUGAUUGGUAGGCAGUUCAGAGCAGCGUAUGUUUACUGUGAAAAAAAAAAUGUAAAGGUUUUAUUUAAAACAUUUGCAUGGCUAGUCAUCAGUCCAUUUUAUGAGUUGACAAUGUAUUUUGUUGAGCAAAGUUUUUAAGGGUUGUUUUGGAUUAUUUUAUUUUGAUGGUGAUGUUUGAUUUUAUUUUAGUUUCUGAGGGGGAAUAUUUUUCUAUACAUAUCCAAUAAUGCCUUCCAUCUGAAUGUAAAAUAAGUACCCAUGAUUUCUAUUAUAGUACCAGUGUAAUUAUUUAAGAAAAAAGAUUCUGGGGCAGUUAAGCAUGACCAAUUAAUGUCACUCUAGUGCUCAGGCUGCGAUCCUAUGGUAGCAAUUGUGUGCUGGUAUAAAUCUUACUUAUAAAGUAGGAACAAAGAACCGAGGAAGCACGUGAAACUUACUAAUUCUAUUCGAGGAUUUUAUAAUGGCAUAUUUUUUCAGUAUUAAAGUGAAAAUGUUUUCAAAUCUGGGUCCUUACAUUUUUCCAGCUUUCGGAUUUAUGGUGGAAGGGGUGGGGGAGGGGGACGGUUGGGGGUGGUUCCUUUCCGGGUCUCCAGAAAGGCUCUCUCCCUAAUCACCUUAAUGGUUAGUCAUUCACCAGCUCCUCUCCUCACAGUCUGUCACCUCCUCUUCGACUUCACUGUUUUUACACUGUCCAUGAAGUAUGGUCUUACUCUAACAACGUCCCUCCCUUCUGCCUCCCCUAGUACGUCAGUGAAUCCCUUUAUUAAUACUGGAAAUCCCUCACUGAUGGUUCUGUUGGUGUUGCCCACACUGCAGAUACAUUGGAGAUGUUAGGAUAGAUUUGAUUUAAUUGACUCUGUCUACAUCGGU